AGCUACUGCGGCUGCGACGGCUGCUCUGGCCGAGGCCUCAGUUGGUAACAAGAUGCCGCAGUGGCUGGUCAUUGGCAUCUCGGGUGUCACCUGUGGCGGCAAGACGACGCUGGCGAAAAGUUUGCGCGACUAUUUCAAGGGAUUGCGCAAUGCGCCACUGUGGAAUACACCGUAUACGAUUGGCGAGGUGCAGCUCAUCUCGCAGGAUGAUUACUUUCUGCCCGUCGAUGACAGGCGGCACAAGCGUGUGGAUAAACUGAAUGCGAUCAACUUUGAGCUAAUCACCUCGCUGGACACCAAGCAAAUGCUGGCCGACAUAGCGCACAUCAUCAAUGCACCGCCCACGGAACAGAUCGCUGCCUACGCCAACUUCGAGCAUUACGCUCUACAGUAUCAGCAGCAGCAACAGUUGCAGCAGCAGCAGCAGCAACAGCAGCAGCAGCAAUAUAAUGCGGCAUAUUACGGCAAACAAUUGCCGCCGGCUGCCUAUCAAUAUCAUCCACAGCAGCAGCAGCAUCUCCGGCAAUCGCAGCAUCCCGGCCAGCAGCAUGCGGAUCAUCUGAUGCGUUUGAAUAUCAAUGCACAGAUUGCCGCUCAGCUGCGCGAUAAGAAAAUCAAUGUGCUGCUAAUUGAGGGCUUCAUGAUCUUUAAUCAGCCGGAACUGCUGGCGCUGUGCAAUCUCAAGUAUCACUUCCAUUUGCCGUACGAGAAGUGCUAUCAGCGGCGGAUUAAGCGCACCUACGAUCCGCCCGAUGUUACCGGCUAUUUUGAGCUGUGCGUUUGGCCCUACUACGAGAAGAACUUUGCCGAGUAUCGCGACUGCAAGGACAUUACCUUUCUCAACGGUGAGAUCAGCAAGGAGAAGAUCUUCAAGUUUGUGCUGCAGCGCAUUGUACACUAUUUCGAGGAGCGUUGCGAUGUGCCCACCGUUGCCGCAGCUGCGACCACAUCGCCGAUUGCCUGUCCGCCGCACCAGAAGCGCUUCGGCAUGCUCUACAUGGCGGCCACGGCGGCGGCGUCGGCCUGUCCCAUGGAGCAGUAGCCAAGGAGGCUAAAGAUCCUGUAAAAAGCAAAAAUCAUGUACAUUUAAAUCCUAGUUUUAGCCUGGAAUUUAACUGGAUUUAUGCAUCUUUCACUAAACUUAAGCUAGCUUAAAACACGACACAUUCACGACAAAAUUAAAUAUGGUUCAGGAAUACAACUAUAUAAACUAUAUAUAUAUAUAGUAGGAUGGAUAACAAAAUCACAUGAAUGAAAUUCAAUAUAUAUUAUUAUUAAAAUAUAUAAUUAGAGCCUAAUAGAAAUGCAUCCUCCAGCUGUAAAUAUUAGACUAAGAACUAUCUAUAGUUAUUUUUUUCUUGUGCGAAGCAAAACACACCGAAUUAAAGUAUACACUAAAAACGCCUGGAAGAGGAGCCGAAA